AUGUCUUCCACAUACAGACCAAGAGGAGGUUAUAGUCUGCGUGGUAGACCGAGAUCUCAAGGUUAUGGACAGAAUCAAUCACAAUCACAAUCACAAUCUCAUUAUCAAUCUCAUCAAUCAAGUAAUACUAAUAGUAGUUAUCGACCUCAAAAUAAUAAUAAUUAUAGAUAUCAAGGAAAUAGAAAUAAUUAUUAUCAACAAUAUUCCAAUAAUAGCAAUAGUCAUAAUAAUAAUUCAGGUCAAGAAACUCUGUUCCAAAUAUGGAUGGGUGAUUUAGAUCCUACUUGGAAUGAAGAGAAAAUUAUUGAAUUAUGGAAACUGGUAGAUGAAAAGCCUACGGCUGUUAAAAUAAAGUUGGAUAAAUUAACUUUGAAACCUAUCUAUUGUUUUGUUUCUUUUGAAACUCAACAAGCUAUGGAAAAGGCAAUUAAUAAAAAUGGUCUUGCUAUUCCUGGUACUACCAGAUCAUUUAGAUUAAAUAAAGCUUUAGGAUCGACAAAUUUUCAAUCUAAUAAUAAUAAUAAUAAUAAUGUUCCAUUAAAAAAAUUACCAUUAAGAAAUGAUUAUUCUAUCUUUAUAGGAGAUCUAGAUCCAUCAGUUACUGAAUCUAAUUUAAUGGAUGUAUUUAAUAAUAAAUUCCCCAAACAAGUAAUACAGGUUAGAAUCAUGUUUGAUCCCGCAACUAAAACAUCAAAGGGAUUUGGAUUUGCCAAAUUUAAUUCUCAAGAAACUAUGGAAAAGGCAUUAGAAGAAUUAGAUGGUAUUAUAGUAGGAGGCAGAGCAAUAAGAGUUGGACAAGCUGCCAAUUCUUCAAAUAAUGUUGUAGUUAGUUCAGAAAAUAAAGUUAUUGAAACUCGAAAAGUAAAUAUUAAUCAUCUGCAAAUUCAACCACCACUAAACCAAUUUACUGAUCCAAAUAAUACUACACUUUUAAUAAAUGGAUUAGGAUCUAAAUUUAGUGAAGAUGAUUUAACUAAACAUUUCCUUUCAUUUGGUGAUAUAGUAUCAUUAAAAUUAUCUAAUGAUUUUACUAGUGCUACAAUUCAAUAUUAUUUUCGAUCAUCAGCAGAAACAGCUUUAUUAUUAUUACAUGGAUCAAUUAUUAAUAACUGUAGAAUAGAUAUAAAUUGGGGGAAACCUCAAGAAGAUAAUUAUCAUAAACAAGAUCCAGCUCCUAUUGUAUAUGCACCAUUUGGGGUAUUACCUAUUAGGUUUGAUAAAAUUAAAAGAGAUGAAAUUGAUAGUUUAAGUGGACAAAGUGGACCAAUUAUAUCUGUUAAUGAUGCAAAUAAAUUAUAUGUACAAGCAAAAUAUGCUAGAGAUCAAUUACUAAAUGAUAACUUUUAA